AUGCUCUUCCUAGUUCUUCUAGCAUCGCUCUCGUUAUCUACUUGCCAUGCUCAUAAAGAAGCCACGAUUCGCGAACUCAGAAUCGCAUUUAACCAAAACCGACUCAACUCAAGGCAACUCGUCGAGUUCUAUCUUGGUGAGAUCAAGAAACUCAACCCGAUUCUUAAAGGGGUCCUUGAAGUGAACCCCGAUGCCCUAUAUGAAGCAGAUAGAGCCGACCGAGAGAGGGCAACUAACGUGCCUCGGUCCCUGGUCGGCUUGCAUGGCAUUCCUGUCCUUCUCAAGGACAGUAUUGCCACAAAAGAUAAACUUAACACAACAAGUGGUUCGUUUGCACUGCUCAGGUCCAUCGUGCCCCGAGAUGCAGGGAUUGUUUCAAAGUUGCGGAAAUCUGGAGCGAUUAUAUUGGGGAAGGCUACCUUGAGCGAGUGGUCUAAUUUUAGAUCUCUAAGUGCACCUAGUGGUUGGAGCCCGAGAGGUGGACAAGGAAAGAAUCCUUACGUUCUAUCUGCAACUCCAUGUGGCUCGAGUAGCGGACCAGCAAUAUCAGUAUCGGCUAAUAUGGCGGCAGUGUCAAUAGGAACCGAGACAGACGGGUCUAUCUUAUGUCCCGCUAGCUUCAAUUCAGUGGUUGGUAUCAAACCUACUGUCGGUCUCACUAGCCGAGCCGGGGUCAUCCCGGUUUCUCCGUCACUAGACACCAUCGGGCCGAUAUGUAGGACCGUGUCGGAUGCGGUUUAUGUUCUUGAGACCAUCGUGGGAUUCGACUACAAUGAUCGCGACGCUACUAAAAAAGCGUCGCAAUAUAUCCCGUAUGGUGGAUACACUCAGUUCCUAAAGGCUGAUGGGCUCAAGGGGAAGCGAAUCGGUGUUGUUAGAAACCCGUUUUUCGUGUUCUCUAAUGGAUCAAACUUACAUCAAGUAUUUGAAAAUCAUUUGCAAACACUAAGGCACGAAGGAGCGAUCUUGAUUGAUAAUUUGGAGAUUACUGGCAUCGACACCAUAUCUAACGCCACCGCUAGUGGUGAAGCAGCAGUUGCAAUAGCCGAAUUUAAGAUCGCAAUAAACGCUUACUUGAAAUCACUUGUAGCGUCUUCUGUUCGCUCGUUAACGGAUAUAAUCGCAUUCAAUAACAAAUUUUCCGAUUUGGAAAAGAUUAAGAAUUUUGGGCAAGAUAUAUUUUUGGCAGCCGAAGGGACAAAUGGGAUCGGAGAUUUGGAGAAGGCAGCAAUUGCAAACAUGGCGAGGCUUACGAGAGAGGGGUACGAGAAGAUGAUGGUGGAGAACCGCCUAGACGCGGUGGUGAGUCCACGUGCUGAUAUUUCUCCGGUGUUGGCUAUAGGUGGUUUUCCGGCGAUCAGUGUUCCGGCUGCGUAUGACAACAAGGGUGUUCCUGUAGGUAUUUGUUUCAGUGGAUUGAAAGGGUCUGAACCUACAUUGAUUGAAAUCAGUUAUGGAUUCGAACAAGCAACAAAUGUCAGAAAAAUUCCGACGUUUUUGCCUUGA